AUGAUCGACAAUGGCAUCCAGCAAGACUACCUGAAUGGUCACAGCGGCAUCAUUUUGACAGUCUUUUGCAUUGUGUCCAUUUUCGUUAUCUGGCCUGUACAUAUCCCUCUCCCUUGGUAUUUGCAACGACCCAUCCUGCUUCUGCUGAGAACGACCCGAAUAAUCGCCGCAGAGGAUCACGACCGCUUAUCGGAGCGGCAGCUCUAUUUCUCAUUAUCGCUCAAGACAGCGCCGGUAACUGGAGUGAUUUUGUUGCUGGCUACAACCACCAUCAAUGGCAGCACGAUCAAACUUGGAAUCAAAGGCGACGAAGAUAUCAAACCAUACGAUGUUUUGGUUCUGUUUAUUUCGUUCGCCUACAUAUCAAUCGCGCUUGAUGGAACUGGUGCUCUAGAAGCAAUUGCUCUUUGGGUCUCUAAGCGAGGGGGCAGUUCAGGCCGAUUACUGUUCACCUAUCUGUAUACGUUUUUCCUCCUGACUGCAUGCAUCGUGGGAAACGACCCCUUGAUCCUCUCAGGCACUCCGUUUCUAGCAUACCUCACUCAUCACACUAAAAUUGCGCCUGAAGCAUGGAUUUUCAGCGAGUUCAUGGCUGCAAAUACUGCCUCGGCGGUUCUCGUCUCUUCAAACCCUACCAAUAUUCUCAUCGCCGGGAGCUUUUCGUUGAAUUUCUUGACUGGUUUCACCAAAUGGACCAUCUUGCCAUCCAUAAUCCCUGCAAUUCUGACCUAUCCGAUUCUGAUGAUCAUGUUCUGGAAGAAGAUCCCCAAAACUCUGACCCCGAUUACAGAGGACCCAUGGUCGAAGCUCCGCGACCGAAAGGGUGCAAUCUUUCUGAGCGCCCUCAUGCUGAUUACUGUCGCUGUCCUGGUCGGCACAAGCUUCGUCCCCAACCAUGCAGUCGAGGUCUGGAUGGUGACAAUGCCAGCAGGUGUCUUGGCCUUUAUUUUCAAUGUGGGAAGAGAUUGGUGGGAUCUGCGAGGUCAAAAGAGGGCUGCAGAAGAACAAGAGGCCGAUCAAGCUGCAGCACACCAACACGUUGACAGAAGUGGUGUCAGGCGGAGUCAAGAACAAAAACUGGAUGAUCUUUGCAAAUCGAAAUCCGAAGGUCCCGAUUCUUCGCCUUCGCUGGAGCCCGAGGAGCUGCUAGCUGAUUCGGAAACUGUUACUCUUACCUCGGUAAUGAGACGCCUUGCUCGCCGUUUUCCAGGAACGACCAGGACGGUCGUGCGGUUGCCAAUCCCACUCUUACCUUUCGCCAUGUGCGAAUUCAUUCUGGUCCGUGGCAUGCAGCAACGGGGAUGGAUCGGGAUAUUCGCACGAGGAUUUGCCAACGCCUGCACCGAUCCUGCAAAGACCGCCUUCUUCAUGGGAUUUGUGAGUGCGGCAUUCCUGUGUCCUCUAGCGGGCACCAAUAUCGGGGCCACGAUCAUCCUGGUUGAGAUCAUGCGAGAUCCAGCAUUUUCGCAAUCGCCAGCCGUGCUGGCAGACCAUCGUCUGCUGAAGGCCGCGAUUUACGCCGUCGCGAUGGGCAGUAACAUUGGCGCCUUCAGCUGGACUUUUGCAGGGAGUCUUGCUGGAUUACUGUGGCGAGGUCUUUUGGCGGACAAGGGUGUCCAUGUCAGUCAACUCAAGUUUGCUCUUGUCAAUACUUUUCCCUUGUUGAUGCAGAUCACCAUCUCGUGUGCGAUUGUGCUUGGAGAGCUGUACUGGUUCUCAUGA